UUUAUUCUAGCGCAGUCUGGGUUUUGAUGGAGAAGUUGUCGAUGCUAAACAGCCCUACAGGCCAUCCGUACUGUUUGUACGGAGAUCCGGCGUAUGGACUGAGCAAUCACCUUGUCUGUCCUUUUAGCGCGUCAAGUGUCGGCCCUCUAACGCCAGAGAUGGCCGACUUCAACAAGCGUAUGAGCCACUGCCGCGUAACGGUGGAGUGGGGCUUCAAAGAGAUGACCGGCAAGUGGGCCUUUGUGAACAUGAAGCCGCAGCCGAAAUUCUUGCUAAGCCCUGUCGCCAAGCAGUACCGGGUAGCCACUCUGCUUUCUAACUGGCACUCAUGCAUGAACGGGGGCAACGAGAUUUCGCAAUACUUUGGCGUGGUGCCACCCACUUUCGAGGAGUACGUAGCGGUGUAAAUCAUGAUGCACCCACGUUGUGUGAUAAUUCUAGGCCGCUUCGGUGUUCCAGGCGCGUAAACCAAGACAAAUAGCCGUUUGCUGGCGUGAGCAAGUCGCGCACGAUAGACUUUCCGAUUUUAUGUGAGUUUAUAAUGAUCAGCGCCAAGAUUAUUUUUUCUCCUUGGUCGUUUAGGUGGGCAAACGCGGGCGAUGCACAGGGCAAGCACGGACGGUGUAUGUAUAUCGUACGGGUGUAUAAGCGUUGCGUAACAAUCGGAUGCCGCGGUUAUUGGAGACAGUUAGUUUGGAGGGUUUUAACGGUUAAAUUCCUGGGAGCUAAAUUGUUUGGUGCGAAGAAGUCGUCUCCUCCUUGCUGGUCAUUUAUUAUGUGGGCAAACGCGAGCGGAUGCAUAGGGGAAGUACGGAAUGUAUCGUGCGGGUGAAGCACUGCGCAAAAGACAGACGCCACUUGUUGGAUGCCAGUUUCAUUUUUCAAUUGUUCCUCCUGAUAAAAGAUUCCCCCGAACAGGCAAGCCUCCCCCAAAAACAACGCGC